AAAAAUAUCCUCUAUAAAAGAACAUUUGAACCCGCAAUUUCCAGUAGGUGGUGUACUAGAGACUGACAGUUAUACUCUCAGCUGGCAUUCAUUCCUCAGCUUUCCACCCCAAAACCAUAAUCCCCAGUUCUAUCAUCCAUCCAAUCUCAUCGUCUUCUCUCUCACCACUCCAAAUCCAAAUCCAUGAGCUGGUGGUGGGCCGGAGCUGUUGGCGCCGCCAAGAAAAAAGCCGAUGAAGACGAACAGCCGCGAGCUCCCGAGAGCGUGGGACUCGUGAUCGGCGUCACCGGUAUAGUCGGCAAUAGCCUCGCCGAAAUCCUUCCUCUCUCCGACACACCCGGUGGCCCAUGGAAGGUCUAUGGCGUUGCGCGCCGUCCCCGCCCGAACUGGAGCGCCGACCACCCUAUCGAGUACAUCCAGUGCGACGUGUCUGAUCCCGACGAUGCUAAAACCAAGCUCUCUCCGUUAACGGACGUCACCCACCUUUUCUACGUCACGUGGUCCAGCCGAUCCACCGAGGCGGAGAACUGCGAGGUUAACGGCAAUAUGCUGCGCAACGUUUUGGAAUCCGUCAUCCCGAACGCUCCCAAUCUCCGCCACAUCUGCCUCCAGACCGGUGGCAAACACUAUCUCGGACCGUUCGAGUCGUUUGGCAAGAUCCAGCCGCACGAUCCGCCGUUUACGGAGGACCUGCCUCGACUGGAUACCCCGAAUUUCUAUUACACACAGGAGGACCUUUUGUUUGCUGCGGUGGAGAAGAAAGAGGAUCUGACUUGGUCGGUGCACCGGCCCGAUAUGAUUUUCGGGUUUUCCCCUUACAGCUUGAUGAAUAUUGUCGGCACGCUCUGCGUCUACGCCGCGAUAUGCAAGCACGAGGGGCUGCCGCUGAGGUUUCCGGGAAGCAAAGCUGCGUGGAAUUCGUACUCGGUGGCUUCGGAUGCUGAUCUGAUAGCGGAGCACCACAUAUGGGCGGCGGUGGACCCGUAUGCGAAAAACGAAGCGUUUAACAUCAACAACGGGGAUGUGUUCAAGUGGAAGCAUUUCUGGACGGUGCUGGCGGAGCAGUUUGGGAUAGAGGAGUACGGGAUUGAUGAGGGAGGAGGGAGGCUGAGCUUGGCGGAGCGGAUGAAGGGGAAGGAGGGGGUAUGGGAGGAGAUAGUGAGGGAGAAUGAGCUGAAGGAGACGAAGCUGGAGGAGGUGGGAGUGUGGUGGUUUGUGGAUGUAGUGCUGGGUGGGGAGGGUGUGCUUUCUAGCAUGAACAAGAGCAAGGAGCAUGGGUUUGUGGGGUUUAGAAACUCGAGGAAUUCGUUUGUUACCUGGAUUGAUAAGAUGAAAUCUUUCAAGAUUGUGCCUUGAUCGAUUCAUGAUUGCAUCGGUGGAUUGGUGAUGUUGGUUGUUGGGUGCUGCUGGGUGCGGGCAAGUGUUUGUUUUGGGUUUAUUGUUCAUGUUCUAUAUGUAAGUUAGCACACUCUAGUGUUGUGAUUCUAGUGUUUUAAGUAUGAGAGUUUAUGAAUGAAAUGUGCAUAAUAUAUUUA